GGCUGAGCAGGAGCUGCGUGCAGUUGGCUGGGCGCCGGCGGGCGGCGGAACGGGGCUCGGUGUGGAGCGGAGCUGACCAGGGAGGCCUAGAAGAACGUGACAUAUUGCAAAAGGUCAUAUAUCGACCAGAAGGAACCAUGGACUUUUGAAUUUUCAAGAUGAUUAAGAUCUUAGAGAUGAUCCAAUAAUAGCCCAAGUCCCUCAUUUUACAGCAAAGGAAACUGAAGUCCAGAGGUUGAAUUCCGUAAAGUCAAACAUUUGGUUUCUACCAGCAACAAGACUAGACACCAGAUCUCCAAACUAUCUUUCCAGACAAAAAAUUCCCGAUGAUUACUCAAUAAACAUUUGCUAUGUGCUAGGCACUGUAUUAAGUGUUGGGGAUCCAAAACAAGCAAAAGACAGUCCUUGCUUCAAGGAACUCACAGUAUAACUGAGAAGACAACAAGCAAACAAUUAUCUGCAAACAAGAUAAAAGCAAGAUAAGUAGAUAAUAAUUAAGAUAUUUAAAGACACUGAAAUUAAGAGAGGUUGGGAAAAGUUUCCUUUAAGAACAUGAAAUUUUGAGAUUUAAAGGAAACAUGGGAAGGUAGAAGGUAGAAAGAUUAUUUGGGAGGCAGCAAGGAAGCCAAUGUCAGUGGAUUGAAAAAUGCUUGCUAGAAAAUAAAGACUAGAAGGGUAGGAGGGGGCUAGGUUAUGAAGAAUUUUGAAUAUCAAAUAGAAGGUUUUUGGAUUUGAUCUUGGAAGCAAUCUAGGGAACCACUGGAAUUUAAUGACUAAAGGGUGACGUGGUUGAACCUGUGUUUUAGGAAAAUUACUUUGAUGGCUGGAAGGAAGAUGCAUUGGAGUGGGGAGAGACUUGAGGCAGACUGACUCACCAGUAGGCUGUUAGAGUAAUCCAGGUGUAAAGUAUUGAGGAUCUGUACCAGAGUGGUGACAAUGUUCCAGGAAAAGAGGAGGCACUAUUAGAAAAAUGUUACAGAGGUGAAAUGGAAAGUCUUGGCAUCAGUUAAACUUUUGGGUCCUCGGUUUCUUCAUCUGUUAAAAAAAAAGCGUAUAAUAUUAAAUAGUCUCUAAGGUCCCUUCUGGGUCCAAAUCUUAAGAUUCUGUGCCCACAUUACCUCUUGGACCUCAGCCAACUCCAGGUCUUAUAAUUAUUUAUGUAGCCCAUGGUUUCAUUCUAUGUGGCAAUAAGACAGCCUCUAAAAUUCUGUCCGUGACCCUCUUUCUACAUUUUCUCCCUUGAUAAUUUUAUCUAUUCCUAUAGUUUUAGUUAUCACCUUUGUGCAGAUGUCUUCCACAUCUUUAUCCUCACCUGUAAUAUCCCCUAGGAUUCCAGUUCCUUAUUUCACUCUCUCAUACAUCUUCACCUAGAUUUCCCAUGAAUACCUCAACCUCAACGUAGCUAAAAUUGAAUUUAUCAUCCUCCGAGCUUCCUCCUACACAAAAGCACUUGAUCCUCUUCCUAAUUGCUUCAUUUUAUGUCCUACAGGCUCAAAAGUAGUGAGAAAAUCAUGGGAUUUAGAGUCAGGACCUGGAUCCAAAUUCCAGCUUUGCUAUCUAGUGUGUGCAAUCUUGGGCAAAUCACUUAAGUUCUCAGUAGAUCAUUUGAGAGAAAUGAUGAACAUCAAGGCUUUCAGACUGGUCUCUGCCAUCGAGCGGGAGCUCCUGAUGGGCGACAAAGAUCACAUCAAUAUUGAAUGCAUUGAGUGCUGUGGAAAGAACCUUUAUGUUGGUACCAAUGAAUGUUUCAUCUACCACUUCCUAUUGGAAGAAAAUAUAUCACCAACUGGAAAGGUCACUUUCUCUGCCACAAAGCAGCGGCACAAAUAUCUGGGUUUCAAGAAGCCAGUGAAUGAAUUGAAAGCAGCAUCAGCCCUCAAUAGGCUCCUAGUGCUUUGUGACAAUACCAUCGCAUUGGUUAACAUGAUAAACCUUGAACCUAUCCCUUCAGGUGCUCGAAUAAAAGGGGCAGUGACUUUUGCUUUAAAUGAGAACCCUGUAAGUGGGGACCCCUUUUGUGUGGAGGUUUGUAUCAUUUCAGUCAAACGUAGAACCAUUCAGAUGUUUAUGGUCUAUGAAGAUCGAGUCCAAAUUGUAAAAGAAGUGUCAACCCCAGAGCAACCAUUUGCUGUGGCUGUGGAUGGCCACUUUUUAUGCCUGGCACUCACUACACAGUACAUCAUCUUGAAUUAUAAUACAGGGACCUCCCAGGAUCUGUUCCCAUAUUGCAGUGAAGAAAGACAGCCAAUUGUGAAGAGGAUAGGGAGGCAAGAAUUUCUGCUGGCUGGCCCUGGAGGACUAGGCAUGUUUGCCACAGUAGAUGGGAUAUCCCAGCGUGCCCCUGUGCAUUGGUCAGAGAAUGUGAUUGGUGCAGCUAUUUGUUUUCCAUAUGUAAUAGCUCUAGAUGAUGAAUUCAUUACAGUGCAUAGCAUGUUGGAUCAACAGCAAAAACAGACACUGCCUUUUAAGGAAGGCCACAUUUUACAGGACUUUGAAGGAAGAGUGAUUGUAGCUACCAGUAAAGGAGUAUAUAUCUUGGUUCCAUUACCUCUUGAAAGACAAAUUCAGGAUCUCCUUGCAAGUCGAAGAGUGGACGAAGCUUUAGUUUUAGCAAAAGGAGCACGAAGGAACAUUCCAAAAGAAAAAUUUCAGGUAAUGUACAGAAGAAUCCUGCAGCAGGCGGGGUUUAUACAGUUUGCACAGCUUCAGUUCCUAGAAGCUAAAGAACUCUUCAGAAGCGGCCAGCUUGAUGUCCGGGAGCUGAUAUCUCUGUAUCCCUUCCUGUUGCCUACUACUUCUUCAUUCACACGGUCUCAUCCCCCUCUGCAUGAGUAUGCAGACCUGAACCAGCUGACCCAAGGGGACCAGGAGAAGAUGACCAAAUGCAAAAGAUUCCUCAUGAGCUACUUAAAUGAGGUCCGUAGCACGGAAGUGGCAAAUGGCUACAAAGAAGACAUUGACACUGCCUUGCUCAAGUUGUAUGCAGAAACAGAUCAUGAAAGUUUGCUGGACCUUCUGGUCACAGAGAAUUCCUGCCUUUUAACAGACAGUGUGGCAUGGCUUGAGAAACACAAAAAAUAUUUUGCACUUGGACUCCUUUAUCAUUAUAAUGGUCAGGAUGCUGCUGCAGUACAGUUAUGGGUGAACAUUGUGAAUGGAGAAAUUCAUGACUCUACUCGUGCAGACCUUUAUGAAUAUAUUGUUGAUUUCCUAACCUACUGCUUAGACCAAGAACUAGUGUGGAAAUAUGCUGAGUGGGUAUUACAGAAAAGUGAGGAGGUUGGAGUUCAGAUUUUUACCAAGAGACCUUUAGAAGAACAGCAGAAAGAUAUCUUUAACCCAGAUGACAUCAUCAACUGCCUUAAAAGAUACCCUAAUUCCAUUAUUAAGUACCUGGAACAUCUAGUUGUGGAUAGGAAAGUACAAAAGGAGGAAUAUCACACCCACUUAGCCAUCCUCUAUCUAGAGAAAGUGCUUCAGCAGAAGCCCAGUGCAAAUGGGAACUGUGCUGAACUAACUGAAACUCAGGCAAAGCUGCGGAAUCUGCUUCAAAAAUCUGAUCUGUACCGAGUCCACUGUCUGAUAGAUAAAAUCCAGGGGACCAGUCUUUAUAUGGAAAGUGCAAUAUUACAUGGAAAGCUGGAGAAGCAUGACAGAGCCCUGCACAUUCUGGUACAUGAGCUAAAAGACUUCUCUGCAGCUAAGGAUUACUGCCUGUGGAUUUCUCAGGGUAAAGACCCUUUGUACCGGCAGCAGCUCUUCCACAUGCUGCUCUCUGUUUACCUAAAGCCGGGACCCUCUGACUGUGAUCUAGUCUUGGCUGCUGUGGACCUCUUGAACCAGCACGCCACCGAAUUUGAUGCAGCUCAGGUUUUACAGCUGGUGCCUGACACCUGGUCAGUUCAGCUUCUGGCCCCUUUCCUUACCAGGGCAAUGAGGGAAAGCCUUCACACAAAGAGGAUGACUCAAGCUGCAUUGGGCUUGGCCAAAUCAGAAAACUUACUCUACAAACAUGAUAAGAUAAAGUUAAAAGGAAACCCAGUUCGGCUGUCAGACAGAAACCUUUGCCAGAUAUGUGAAAGUCCCUUUUGUGAGCCUGUGUUUGUUAGGUAUCCAAAUGGUGGUGUUGUCCACACUCAUUGUGCUGCAAAGAAACACACGAACCCUCACUCAUCUAGCCCUGGCAGUCGGACUUGAAAAAGGCACAUGUACAUUUGCAAACAUUUAUUCCUUUACAAAAUGUGCUGGAUAAAAAGACUAGAGUACAGCUGCUGUUAACAUCAAGAUGAAGGGAUUAUACCCGGGGUGCUGGGAAGAUUUCAGUUGAUGUGAAACAUGAACAUUUAAUUGCUGAUCUUUUUUAUGAAUGUAAGUGAAAAUAACCUUAUAUAAGUAGAGACAUUCAAGAGUGAACUUCUCCUUGUACAUAGUAAUCAAAAACAAAUGUCUACUUUCUUCUGAAAGAAAAAUGAACCUUUGUCAUCAAGGCAAAUCGUGAGGGAAUUUAAGACUGACAAAUUCCCUUCUUUCUUUCAAGAAACAUAGAUUUGCACUGAAAAAUAUUUUGCUAUAAUGUGAUAUGGUGAUAAGGAUUUUUUUUUUAAUCCAAGGAAGUGGUCAUUGUUUAGAGAUCUUGUUAAAUAGAAGGGCUCACAUUGUGCCGCUCACUCUCAAGAUCCUGCAUUAAUCACGGUCAAUACAGCACAUCCAUUUUUGGUAUCUACAUCCAUUUUUCUAGGAAUAGAUCAUGAACUAUACUUUCGCUUUGAAAUUGCUGGCUUUGGGGAGCCACUUCUGUGUUGUUACUGUCCUCAGUUUCCCAACCCGUUAUUUUGGUUGGCUAGAUUUCCACUAAGCCCUAGCCCUAGUUUUAUUUUUUUGUUUUUCUUCUCAAUGGAAUAUGAUCGUAUCUAUUGGAAAUAGCCUCAUGUGGCUUUUAAAAAAAAAAAACAACAAACAACUUACUUUCAGGACCUAAAAGACAGUGACAGACAGUAAUCAAGUUAGUUUACCUACUUAGUGGUCACGUUUUCAUUCCUACAUCCUAUAAAAGUGUUCCCUCACCUGCCUCUGUGAAAUUUUACAUCUAACAUUGUACUAGAAGAUUUUAUUUUUAACUUAAAUCAUAUUCACAUUGACUUUUUUUUUUUGUCGUCCCUAAAUCCUUUUGAUUUACUUAAGGUUUUUUUUUCCUUCAUUAACAAUUUACCUCUUAUCCAGAACUUGGAUCAUUAAAAGGGAAUUACUCAGUGGGGACAAAUGGAAUGUUGUCUUCAUGAGAUGCCUGUUUUAACCUCAUGUAUUUGGACAAGUGGUUCGAGAAAGCUGCCUUUGCACAGAUGAUGGAGAAAUACUUUCCCUGAUGAGUGCUUUGUCCACUACUACAAGGAAAAAAAACCAUAAGGCAGUCUUGCCUCCUGAUAUCUUCAUACUUUUUUAAACAUUUAUUAAUAAAACGUGAAAAUGCUUUUCAUUCUCUAAAGAUUUGGAAUUCAUGUUGUAUUCUUGGUAUUACUGAUCAUCUAAAGCCACUAUUAUUGCAUUGUCCUCUUUUAAGAUUUAUUAUAGGACACAGAUUUGUGGUUAACUGACAUUCAAGAAAACCACCCAUGCAGCUAUUACUUUCUAAAUACAAGCACUAUUUUGUUACCUGUGAUAAUUUAAUGAUACUAAAUGGUGCCCUCUACUACUCUUCAUCAACUACAGACGUGUAAAGAUUUGCUGUUUAGCCCAUUUCCAGUUCCAUUACAAAUAUCCUAAUUGUAAUCUACUGUUUCUUUCCCCUUUUCUAAUUCCAAGUGGGUAAAAAAUUAAGUGUCACUACAUUAUUUGGGGAUUAGGGGAAGGUUAUCAUUCUCUCAACUCACUGUUAUCUGAAGAAUAAAUUAUUAAGAAAUUAUGCUCUGUAGCUGGACUAUAUCGGAUGUAAAUUAACUUGUGAUUAAUUCAGAACCUGCUCAUGAAUUUUGCACAGCCAAUGACUCUAUUGCUUACAGAAUGAUUAUAAUAUUGCACAUGUUGUAAUUACAACUUGUGAGUUUGAAUUUAUGCUCCAUGAAGAAUGGACACAAUUAUGUGGAACAAUGCACUUUUUAAAGUACUCCCUCCAUGGUCUGCACAGAAGUUUGGAUAAGUCUUGAUGAUAAUGUCAUCUUUUCACUGAACAAACAAUAAUCCUGUGAAACUUAUUUUAAGCAUAUAUAUAUAUUAGGAACCAGAUUUGAGCAGUUCUCCAUUUCUACCCUAUUGGGGGUUUGGCACAAACAAUAGUCUGCCUCUUUGUGCAGAAUUAUCUUAAACUUUGGAAGUAAACCCUUUCUUCUGUUUGCUGAAGUCCUCUUUCUUAUUUUAUAACUUAAAAAAAAAAAAAAAAAAAGAGGUCCUUCCCAGUAGGAUAUCUACUGUUUUGUAAUCAUGCUACUGUAUAGAACAAUUAAAAUGUUUGUUCACUCAUUCUUGCUAGUAGAUUUUGCAUAACUCUGGUUUCAUUCAGCAUGAUAUAAACUGUUUACAUUAAUACUUCGUGGGCAAUAAUGUGCUAUUUUAAUGAACUACUUAUCUGCUAUUGCCUAUAAAGUAUUAAUGUGCAUUAAAGAUAUUAUGUUUGCAUUAGAGAAUGUCAUCUGAACUUCAAGCUAAAGAGUUGACAUCCAUAAGAAUAAUGAAAUAUGCUGCUACUUGAAAAGGGGGUAAGACACAGGCACAUUGUGUUAGCUGUGGUUUGCAAUCAAGUUUAUGCCUGUAAUGCAACAAAGAGAACCCCUAUUUUCUGCUUGCGCUCUGCAGAAAAUUUUUAUCCUUGCUACUCAGUUUUUUGACUUCUGAUUAUGUCAAUACACAGGGCCAGAAAUACACAGAAUGUACAAAUGUAAACAUAUGGAUUUUAUUAAAAUUCUUCUAAUU